GGGACCCGCUGUUGUCCUACAUCGAAAUCCUACAGUUCACGGGCUCGGAGUUGCAAAGCUUCCUGGACUUCCAGUGCCGCUGCGACGGUGCAACCGUCCGCGGCAUCUUCGCCCUUGCCACGCCCCUCCUUCCCUUGCUGGUCCUGGUUGCAU